AUGCUCAUGGAGCCAAAUAUAGAUGUAGAUGGUUACGAGGAAGUUACAGAAGAGUACGAGGAUGGUUCCGGAAACAUAGCCUCUCCUUACGUUGUUUUGGAAGGUCGGGACAUGUUUAGCGGAACAUCUUUCCGGGAGUUGAAGGGAGAAAACACCUAUUUAAAAGAGCAACUACACGCAAGUGUACUUAGAGUUAAACAGUUAGAAGCUCUACUAAUGGAACGGAACUCACAUGUGAAGAAUCUUGUUUCUGAAAAUCUACAACUUUCCAUAAAAUGUCGCAAAUUGAUGAAUGCUUUGGGAGAAGAAGAAGCCAGAGAAGCAUUGUAAGU